ACGCAGCAGGGACGGCCUAUGAGGCGUAAGGGGCGGGGCGAGUAGCAGCUGAGUGAGGGCGGAGCUGUGAGUGCGAGUUCCCGCGGCGGUGCGUGUACGCGCACAGAGGGAGUGAGGAGGCGGCUGUGAGGGUAGUAGCGGCGGGCAGUAGCCCGGACACACGCACCGCAAUCACGGACUUUCUGUGGGACAAGAGAACGGGCCUGGCUGCGAGAGCGAUGCCGCACUCCAGGCGGUACCGUUCUUCAGAGAGGGGCAGCAGGGGCAGUUACCAUGAGCGUUACAGAAGCCGAAAGCACAGGCGGAGAAGAAGCAGGUCACGGAGCAGUAGCAGCGACAGAGGACGUGACCGCAGGCACAAGCACGGUGACAGUUACCACGAGAGGUCACGCAGUUACGAGGAGCGCUCGUCGAACAGAAGAGCUUACGAUCGGCGGUACUGCGACGGCUACAGGAGGAAUGAGUACAGCAGGGACAGGGGGGACGUGUAUUACGAGGCAGACUAUCGCCACUCGUACGAGUACAAGCACUCGCGGGAGGACAGCUACAGGAGCUGCAAGAGCGCUCGGCGCAAACAGAAGCGGAGAAAGCGCAGAACCAGGUCUUAUAGCCAGUCCUCAUCGCGGAGUCGCCAGAGCAGCCGGCGGGCCAAGAGUGUUGAAGACGACGUGGAGGGCCACCUGAUCUAUCACAGCGGCGACUGGCUACAAGAACGAUAUGAGAUUGUGAGCACCCUCGGGGAAGGGACUUUCGGCCGAGUCGUUCAGUGCGUCGAUCACAGGAGGGGGGGAGCCAGAGUAGCAUUAAAAAUCAUCAAAAAUGUGGAGAAAUACAAAGAGGCGGCUCGACUGGAGAUCAACGUAUUGGAAAAAAUCAACGAAAAGGAUCCGGAGAACAAACACCUGUGCGUGCAGAUGUACGAUUGGUUCGACUAUCAUGGACACAUGUGCAUCUCAUUCGAGCUGCUCGGCCUCAGCACGUUCGACUUCCUGAAAGAGAAUAACUACUUCCCGUACCCCAUCCACCAAGUGCGGCAUAUGGCCCUGCAGGUGUGCCAGGCUGUGAAAUUUCUGCACGACAACAAACUGACCCAUACAGACCUCAAGCCAGAAAAUAUCUUAUUCGUCAGUUCUGACUAUGAGCUUACGUACAACAUGGAGAAGAAGCGCGACGAGCGGUGCGUCAAGAACACUGACAUCAGGGUGGUGGACUUUGGCAGCGCCACGUUUGAUCACGAGCAUCACAGCACCAUCGUCUCCACGCGGCACUACCGGGCGCCCGAGGUUAUACUGGAGCUGGGCUGGAACCAACCGUGUGACGUGUGGAGCGUGGGGUGCAUUAUAUUCGAGUACUACGUGGGCUUCACCCUCUUUCAGACCCACGAUAACCGAGAGCAUUUAGCCAUGAUGGAGAGGAUUCUGGGGCCCGUCCCAUCGCGCAUGGUUAGGAAAACCAGGAAGCAGAAGUAUUUCUACCACGGGCGCCUAGACUGGGAUGAUAACACGUCCGCGGGCCGAUACGUCCGAGAGAACUGCAAGCCCCUAAGGAGGUACAUGAUGAUGGAGACAGAAGAGCACCACCAGCUGUUCAGCCUGAUCGAGGGCAUGUUGGAAUACGAGCCCUCCAAGCGAAUGACCCUGGCCGCGGCCCUCAAGCACCCCUUCUUCAGCCCGUUUAAGGGCGAGCCGGCACUUAAGCACUGGGACACUGGCCGGGACAUCAGCCGAUGAUGCCCGCACACUGCCUGCACCGCGGGACGGCCCAUUGGCCGAGAAAGCACUGCUGCCGGCGCUGCCGCCCCAUGAAUUGGCAGCCGGAACCUACGGUGCUUCUUCCUUUUCUACCUGAAUGAACUGAAACCUUUCUUACAUGUAAAGCUGUUAAUAUGUGAGAUACCCUAAAUAUAUGCCUAUAUAAAUAUAUAUAUAUAUUCUGUACAUGCCACGGCAGCACCCUGCACAGGCUGUCCUGUAAAUAAUACCCGCCUGUAACUGCCCCUGCCCGGGGUCGCUGCGGGGGCUGAGCUGCCCCCAAUUCAUAAUUUAUGUCAGUGUUAGGGGAGGGGGCAGCAAGCUGGUCAGAUGUGGUGCCCGCGGGCAUCGUCCUGUUUUUAUAAGCUUUUGUACAGUCUUUGUGAGAAAUAAACUCUACAUGUUUGUAUGUGGGAUGCCCAA